CAUGUGCACUUUUCAAACCGAACCUAUCACCCAACGAGGUGAGCGAGAGCACAAGAACGAUUCUUUGAAACAAUAAACUCAUUGCUCAUACUUGUAGUGCCACGCAAAUACCCGCGAUCAAGUCGGAUAGCCUCCUGACGCCUUUAACAUGACGACGAUAGUGACGAAUCAACCGGUGCCGMCGGGAGGGGAUGGGAUAGGACUAUCUCUUACAAUUGAACACGACCACCUGGACGACACCGAUUCGAAUCCGAAACCAGCGGCUGGUAACGAUCAACAAGUGGGCACAGGAGGGAUGGUGUCGGGAGGACCAACGAUGAAAAACAUAACAUCCACGCCGUCAUCCUUUAUCCCUAUAUCUGUUGAUGCGUCCCCCAUUGCAUUCGAGAAACAAGCAUGCGAUGAGGACGACGAGGGCAGUUUCACUAUUCACCAUAUUGCAGAAUUAGACGAUCCACCUACCGUCCCUUCCAUUAUGCGACAACCCUCAAGUGCUGAGAAGGGACCAGACGAGAAAAAAAAUCAAUGUGCGCCCAUGCAGCCAUACGAUGGAUCGCACGUGGCUGCGCUGGAGGACAGAGUUCGAGACUUGGAAGAAAAGCUGUCAACACUUUCAAUGCUUUUGUUACAACAAAACCAAAAACAGCAACAGCAAUCACCAAGAAGUAUUUCACCUCCUACAACUCCCUUUCGAUCUAUAGAAACGUCGCUCGCAACAAUACCGUCAUCGAACGUUCCCGUUUUAGAAUCACCAACACCGAAUUUCGAUAGCUUUGAUAUAUCUCAACCGUACGAAGAACGACACCAUCGCAACCAGACCCGAAACGGGCUGGCGAAUUUCAAAUUGAGGAAUAAUUUGAGCUAUCACAUUCUGCAUGCGCCUGAUCUUGAGUUGAAUAGGAGAAGUAGUGACGACGACGGUAGCAACCUUGGCGAUGGUGGCGAAAACCAGGUUUCCAACCUCAAUGCUUCCGAUGGGAGUGGUGUCGGUGGUACUUUACACUCCAUCCACCACGAUGAAGAAUAUGAAAAGAGUACGAGAGUUCCUUCCCUGGAUUCGCUUCCUGGAAGUUCCAGAACAUCUCCCAUUCAAUCGCAAAAUCCAGUCGUUGCCAAGGUCCUCUCGUCCGAAAACUUUUUAUCAAUCGAUGCAGCAAAGAAAAAUGCAAAAUACAGCAAGGACAACUCCGAUUUUGUCGGCCGUGAUAGUCUAGAAAUCGACACGGCCAUCAUGGACAAAGAUCACAAAGAAAACUCCGGUAAAAGCGCCUCUACAACUGUAAUUACGAGGACGAGAAUGAACAGCAUUAGCAGCAACGCGAACGGUAGUGUAUGUACCAGCGAUACACCGAAACACCAGAAGAAAAAAAGCAAUAUUAAAUCAAAAUGGCUUGAUUAUCUCAACAGCGUACAGGAAUCAAACUACGACACCGAUAAGCAAAUGGAAGGUAAGAAUUGUACCGAUGAGGUACCAGGUCGGUUAUCUUUAUCCACCAGAAAUAUACAGCGACUCACUCACGACUUUCUGAAUACUGAAUCCUAAUCUGACUCUGAUACCAAAGAAUUUGUCAAAGUUCCCAAAGCAGUGGAAGCACUUCUAGGUUUUGGGUUUUGGAUUUCAGUAGAUUCCUUUCUGUACACAUUGACGAUGUUGCCCAUCCGAUUUGCAUACAGCAUAGCCCUCUUGCUGGUAUGGGUCUACAGAAAGAUUGCUGGUCGCCCCGCGGGAUCGUUUCAGUUUCAUCGGCACAACUCGUACCAUGUCAUUCAAGUGAGCAUAAUUUACAUCAUAUACAAAUUUGUUCUGAAACCCAUCAAUAUAAGCAUCCUGUAUCACUGGAUUCGUUCUCAGAGCAUGGUCAAGCUUUACUUGGUGGUUGCGAUUGUGGAAGUAUUCGAUCGACUGAUGUGUUCCCUCGGACAGGAUUGCCUGGAUUCCUUGUACUGGAAUACCACGCGGCGGCCGAGAAGCUCGAGAUUGCUAGUGUCGGCACUCGUGGUACUUGUCUAUACGGCAUUGCACUCUUUUUUGCUGUUCGUGCACGUGGCAACACUGAAUGUAGCAAUGAACUCGGACGACCAGGCACUGCUGAGCCUGUUGAUUGGGGGAAAUUUCGCCGAAAUCAAGAGUACUGUCUUCAAAAAAUACAACAAGGCCAGUUUGUUCAAAAUUGCCGCCUCCGACAUUUGCGAGCGAUUCAAGCUCUUUCUGUUCCUGAUCCUGGUCCUGAUGCUGAACGCCUCGCAGGGAAUGGACCAGAAAAUGCUCUACAACUACCUGUCGAUGUGCGGGAUCAUUUGGUGCGCAGAGUGGCUGUCCGAUUGGCUGAAGCAUUCGUUCAUUACAAAAUUCAACUACAUUGCGAGCAGCGUCUAUUCCGAGUACAGCCUCUUGCUAGCAGGCGACGUCUCCGGGUUUGGGCACGAGGGCGAAAACCUCGACAAAUCCCAUGCGGUGGUGAAACGCCUUGGCUUGGCACAGAUACCUCUCGUGUGUGUGAUGACGAAGUACCUCAAGGAAGCCUACAAGUACCAAACCUACCAAAACCAGCCACAGACCUGGGUGCUGUUUGUCGGAGUUUUUUCGAUUUGGUUGGUCCUGUUGGUCUGCAAGUUGUCGCUCGCAACGUUCCUCCAGCGCCUGUCCAAGAUCAAGCUGGAGGCCGCCCCCGAUUACUCGAAAAACAAUGCUACCGUUGCCAAGAAGAACAAUUAGAAACCUCCCAAUGGCCAACAAUUUUGCGGAACUAUACAAAGAUUACAAAGAUUGGAGUUCAGCAAGCUAACUACGAAUGUAAAAUAUAAUACCAUCACAUCA